GCUCUAGUUGAUGUGAUAAAGCCUAUCGAGCAAAUCACAUGCCUCUAGUCGCUGCGAGUACUACUCAUAACUCUACUGGUAAGCCUGCUGGAGCUGCCGUUACCACCGCCCACCUCCCCGGUAACGCUGGUGUGCCCUUCCCGAGCCAUGUUCAGCUAACUGGUGCUACUGGUCCUCACGCUGAUGAUGUCAAUGGAGGAUAUGUGCUUCAACCCUCCGGUGAGGACAACCUCGACAAGAAGUGGCAAUUCUGCUAUACAAAAAUCGCUGUGGGAAACUCCGACGGGCCCAAGAGAAUCAUGUGUUAUGGCGAAGGUCACCCGGAACUAGGGGGCCCUGAACCUCCUGGGAAGGGGUUGGCUGGCUGGGUGGUGGGCUCACUAGACGAGAGCUCGGCUGAAGGUGGUAACUUAUCUGUCGUGGCUCGGUGCGUGAAACGUGUGAACGAGUCUGAUUCUGGAUUUAGAUGGGAAAUUAAAGAUGAGCAUGGCAAGUUCAAUUCUAUUGAGACCAUGGACGCCCGCUUAGUAAUGGCUUCCCCCUCCAUCCCAACAACCGGAGCAGCACCUGCUGUCGACGCUACUGCCUUGAUCAAGAAGCAGCUACACAUCGGCAGUCCUAAGAAGCCUGAAGAUGCUUCAACGAAGCAACAACAGAAAAUCGCUCUCACCAGUCUCCUCGCUCACGCCCAAGCUCAGAUGGAGGCAGCCACCACCAGUGAUGGUGGCAUGCUCACCCAUCAACCCUCUAAUAGCGAGAGCAGUGAUAAGUCGGCCAAGCAUUCGUCUAACGACAAUUCUCGUCAUCCCACUACUCCGUUGUCCGCUAACGCCCCCGCCUUCGUACCUCGCCAUUCUUCGCUGUCUGCUACUGCGCCACCAUUCGUACCGCAUAAUAAGCAAGAGCAGAAGUCUCCCCAAUCUUCGAUCCAGUCCAAGUCCUUCGGCUCUAACACCAGCAGUAUCGAGCAGCUCUUCAGAAAUGCCCAUCUCCAACAAGGAGUACGUGUCAACGCGCAACUUCGUAAAGUUAGUUGGAACUUGGGAGCCGUCCGUGAUCAGUUGAAGACCGUAGCCCCUGGUGGAGGCUUGGUUAGUGCAACCUUUCGACUGCCCCUCGAUGACUUCACACCUGGUCCUCCGAUGAAGUUCAAGUUCUUCCCGUUCGGCAUCAACGGCAAAUCGGCUCCUGGGUGUGUUGCUGUAGAGCUGGACUGUCCUCAAGGAGCUCGUAUGAAGUUCCGUAUCAGUAUUGGUGACCUGUGUAGUGGUACAAAGGUCCUCAUGGGUAAUGCGUUCUAUGUCGACUUCGAUGCGGCCAAGCUCAACACAGACAAAGGUGACGCCUCUAAAGACAGUGGUGUAGUGCAAGCGAUAAAGUUCGACGAAUUGGUUGUCUCUUUGGAGCUACUGGAUUGGCUCCAGUAG